GCUCUCUCCCUCCAUUUUCUCCUUCAGCAUGCGUUCACUUCGCCAGUGGUCCAACCAACCAUUCUCCAUAACGAUUUCUCUAGGUUUUCUGCAAGAGCCCAUCAAUUUCCUAAAAACCCUAAAAGAGGAUAGAGGAUAUAUGUCUUCCUUUCCUGAAAACCCUAAAAGAGGAUAGAGGAUAUCUGUCUUCCUUUGAUUGCCAUGGCUUCUGAUUUUGGUAUCGAGUUUCUGUUCUUCAUGUCCUGAAACCUUAAAACGCUUUAGAUCCAAAUUUUCACACCACGAAUCCACCAAGUCCUGGAAACCUUGGAAAAUGUUGGAGCCUGGUUACUGGUUGCAAUGGCAAGUCUUUGUGUGUUCCCUUUCUUUUAUUAUACCGAUUAUUGGAGCCUUGGUGGUUUUAUUCAAGAAGAGGGAUGCUCCUUUAAUGGCUACGGAUCUUUGGAUGCCAUGUUGGAGAGGCCUUCAUCCUGGUUGGCUUCUUGGUUUUAGGGUUUUUGCUCUGUGUGCCCUGACUGGGAUACUAUCCAAGAUGAUAGUUGUAGACAAGUUCUAUGCGUUCUACUUUUAUACACAAUGGACCUUUACGCUAGUCAUUUUCUACUUUGUGCUUGGUACGAUUGUUUCAGCACAUGCAUGCUGGGAGUAUUUCAAAAAGGGAUCUGUUAGUAAUGAUGAAAGGACUACAUUUUUGAGAAGGGAUAUAGAAGAGAAUAUGGGUCAUGGAUCAAAUGGAAUGGAAGGUAAUAUCAAAUUGCAAGGCAACCAUGAGCAGAAGGAGACUAAGCAGAGAGCUAGAUUUUUGGGAUACACCAUGCAAAUUGUUUAUCAGACUUGUGCAGGUGCUGUGGUUCUGACUGAUGUUGUAUUCUGGCUUGUCAUAGUUCCUUUUCUCAACGAUGACAGAUUUAGUCUGAAUCUGUUAAUGGGGAGUAUGCAUAGCCUCAAUGCUGUAUUUCUCCUUCUAGAUACUGCUCUCAACAAUAUGCGAUUCCCUUUCUUUCGCAUGGCGUACUUUGUGCUUUGGAGUUGUAUCUAUGUCAUUUUCCAGUGGGUUAUUCAUGCGUGUGGCGUUUCCUGGUGGCCUUACCCAUUUCUGGAGCUCUCCACUCCUUGGGCACCUUUGUGGUACUUCUGUUUGGCUCUUGUUCACAUCCCAUGCUAUGGUAUAUAUGCCUUGAUUGUAAAAUUGAAAUAUUAUUUUUUGCAUGCUGGUGUAAGUUCAAAUUAGAAUAUUGCUUUGAUUAUUCUCUUGAGAAAUUGGGGAAUGCUUCAAUAUAAGAAAAAACUUCUACAUGUGGUUAGAAUUUCAGGUUUGUCUUUUUCUCAAUUUCUUCCACUUUAUGCUAUGAUUUUCAAUAGCAUCAAAUACAGAGAAAAGAGUGUCUAUAUUUCUGUGACAGUAAAGAGACUAAAAAUGUACUGAGUCCAGCUUGUGAAAGGUAUGUGUAUGGUAAUGAUUUAUUAGGUAAUAUUUACUGUUAACUAUAAGGCUUGUUUUGCCACUCUCUUUUAGUUUCUUGGAAAGGUCAA